AUGUCCCCUUCAAGCGCCCGCCCCUCCCUCCAGCUUUCCGACAUAUAUCCGCGCUGCGAGGCCUGUCAACGUCCGCCCUUCCCGCCUGAUUUUCGUUCCACGACCUUUUUCCCGUCGUUUGUAGGCGUGCGCUUGGGCUUUUGCCUUUCGAGUGUCCUUUGUCCCUACCAUCUACGCCGCACACUUCGUAUGGCUGCAUCCAUGCACACCCGCCGGUCUUCCGAGGCGUCGAGCCAUGCUGAUUCGCUCUUCAGUCAGGCAUCGACGUCGACGGGAUUGACAGCAGCGGACAGCAAGCCAGAGCUCUAUGACUAUCCGCCUGACGAACAUGUUAUGCUUCAUUUAGAAUAUAACCUCCCCAUAUUCUCUGACGAUUCUGAGCCCUCGACCCCGGCAAGCACCUCUUCCGGUACCCCUGGCUCUCCCUCCGCAUCUGCCCAUGCACUCCUUCCGCCGCCACCGUCAUCAUCGCCGGUACCGGCCGUCGCAGCGCCAAAGCCGCGUCUCUGGCUGAACCGGCAACGGCGCCGGCCCGUGUCGACCGACGAGACGCCGCAAACGCGUGCCCUCCUCACCUCGCUGCUGCACUCGCACUGGCCGCGCUCGGAGCCCGAGAACCCCAUCUUCGGGCGCACGACGCCUCGCGCGUUGUCUCCGAUGCGCGGACAGCGGUUGCACCCUCAUCUUGACGAUGAUUCUCGGUCGUCGACGCCUCGACCAAGACCGCUCUCGCAUGCCUCUGUACCACUACGUUCUUCAGCCUCUCAAGGAGCGACUUCGAUACUUGAUUCCUCGCCGCUGGUGAAAUUAUCCACUCUCCUGCCAGACUCAGAUAUGCCACCAUGCCCGCCUUCACGAGCUAUUUAUUCGCCUGCGUCCCCUUCGGUCCCACACAAAUCCCACACAUUGCGGCCGCGUCCCUCCGUGCGCUUUCAGCCCGAAACAUCCUCAGCAGUCGCUGCGCGACCUACUUCUCCUUCUCUGAGCAUCAACACCAACCUUCGCCCCAGUACACCCACACCAAAGUCUCUGCGCCCUCGUCCACCGUCGACUCAGUCCGUGCCACGCUCGAUCCUGCGCUCUGACUCGCGCUUGCCACUCUCUGACGUGGGAGCGAAGACGACGCGAAAGACGUCGGUCAAGUUCGCCCGCCGCUCAGAUGUACGGUCGUAUCGCAUCCCGGACGAGUGUAUGAUCGAAUCGCCCGACGGCGAGGUCGAAACAUACGCGCGUCCGACGUGGUACGAAGUCCGGGAAGCACGGGCGAGGCAAGGGGAUGAGGGAAUAAAUCACGAGAGGCGUCGGGGCGCUGAGUCGCAUGGUCCGAGCGCUAAGGAACGAGAGCAGGAGAAGCAACGAGAGAAGGAGAAGGAAUCUUUGCUUAGGCGCUGCUUCCUGUGGAAGGAGAAAGCCGAACCGGCAAAGCCUGUCAUCUCCGGACCAAUGCCGCUCGCACGCGCAUCAUCUCUACGGGAUAUGCGCGUCGCGCGGGAGGCGGCGCUGAAGCAGCAAGAGGAGCUUGAACGGCUGGAGAGGGAGGAGGCGCGUGGGAAGCUUCGCAAGAUGCCACCUCAUCAUCGCGAUGGUCCGGUGGCACAGGAUGGGGGACUCGCGAGAAGGUCUAGUGCGAAGCGUGUGUUUUGGACGAGGAAGAUGAGCGCUCCCUAG